UAAUUAAUCUAAAAAAAAUAUUUUUUGUAAGUUUAUUAUUUUUUUGUUUAAGCUACUGUUAUUUUUUUUUGUAAUGCCCGGUAUCAUAACAAGUGAAUAUUAGAGAAAGACUGAACCUUUAUAUAUAUUGUUAAUAAUCAAGUGCGCCAAAGACUGAUAACGACGAAAUACUUUAAAGCAACUUGAUAGCAGCUUAUUUUUUUUAUCGACUUGUAUUUACCAAUAACAAUAACAGCAAUAAAUAAAAUAAGUUCCAAAUAUCAUGAAUUUCAUCUUGCCCUUUGCACGAUUUAGCAAGAUUGUUCGGAUAUAUCUUAAUUAGCCCUCGUAUAUCAAAGAUUAGUAAUACAUUUCCGGAAAAUUAAAUUACGCCGAUGUGUGAUUAAAUAUUUGCUCGGGGUUUUUUGCAGCAACGCGCUCAUCAGUUACACUUAAAACAACUGACAAAGGUGAUGUGAAAAAAUAACACAACGUAUCUAUUAUUACAAACAAUUGACACCUCACUUACGCAAGUUUGAAAAAAGUGAAAUCAUUUAUUUAAAGUAUCCUGAAAUUUAAAAUUAGGCGAUGAGUUCGGAAAAGAAAGAUUUGCCUGUAUUAUAUGAUGGUCUGAUGGAGCGCAAUGGACAACUGGAGAAAGCAGCGCUUCAUGUGGAAAGACCUGUGUAUCAAAUAGAAGACCUUAACGAAGCUACCCUAUAUGGGAAGCCGCACACUACAUAUGGUCAGGUGUGUCGAAAGGUGCUCUGUUCUUGUGACUGUAGAGAAUACGUUUCGGAUACUGUCCCAAUUUUAAAAUGGUUGCCGGAAUACAACUGGAGAUCGGACAUCAUAGGGGACAUUUUGAGUGGAAUAACCGUAGCCGUAAUGCAUAUACCCCAGGGUAUGGCGUAUGGUAUGUUGGGCAAUUUACCUCCCAUAGUGGGCAUCUACAUGGCCUUUUUUCCGGUACUCAUAUAUUUUUUCUUUGGAACUUCUAGACACGCCUCCAUUGGUACCUUUGCUAUAGUAUGUCUCAUGACGGGCAAAAUAGUGACGAAACACAGUAAUGCCGAAUUUUUAUCCAACGGCACCUUAGUGUUACAAAAUGGUACCGACCCUAACGGUCCCAUUUAUACCAACAUGGAAGUUGCCACAGCGGUCACUUUUACAGUUGCCCUUAUACAGAUAGUAAUGUACGUAUUUAGAUUAGGUAUAAUAACUAAUCUGUUGUCAGAGACCCUGGUCAAUGGAUUUACCUGUGCGUCUGCAUUUCAUGUCUUCUUUUCUCAAUUAAAAGAUCUAUUGGGAAUCCCAAUUCGUAAAAGAGCAGGAUAUUUCAAACUAGUAAAGACAUUACAAGACGUGGUAUUAGCUCUGCCUGAGGCUAAUCGUACAGUUCUGCUAAUUUCUUUCGUAUUUUCCAUAGUAAUGUACUUAAAUAACGAGUAUCUAAAGCCGUGGAUAGCGAAGAGAACUAGAAUACCAAUGCCUAUAGAAUUGAUCGCUGUAAUAGCAGGGACUUUGGUGUCAUAUUGUUUCAAUUUGAGCGAAGACCAGGGUGUUAAUAUAAUUAAUUAUAUUCCAACGGGUCUUCCAGCACCCACUGUACCGACACUGUCUCUUGUUAAAGACAUUUUUUUGGAAUGUUUCGUGGUGAUGAUAAUUUCUUACACAGUUGAAAUAUCGAUGGCGUUCCUUUUGGCCCAAAAGGGCCGCUACGAGGUCGACGCGAAUCAAGAACUUUUGGCCAUGAGCUUAAGCAACUUUACUGGCAGCUUUUUUUCGUGUAUGCCGAUUUCAGCAUCCCUCUCUAGAUCUCUCAUUCAGUACAACGUCGGGGGAAUCACCCAAAUUGCUUCAAUCAUUUCGUGCUUCCUGUUGCUCUUUGUACUGAUGUGGAUCGGUCCCAUCUUUGAACCCUUGCCAAAAUGCGUUUUGGCCAGUAUAAUCGUAGUAGCCCUUAAGGGGAUGCUAAUGCAGUUCCAAGAUUUGAGGAAAUAUUGGAAGUUAAGUAAAUGGGAUGCAUUUGUAUGGAUUGUCACCUUUUUUACCACCGUUUUGGUGGACAUUGACAUAGGACUCCUGGCGGGAGUAAUUAUAUCGUUGUUCAGUCUUUUAGUGAGGGGCAAUAGGCCCUACACGUGUUUGUUGGGUGUUUUGCCAAGCACUGACCUUUAUCUGGACAUCAAGAGGUACAAGGGGGUUCAAGAAAUUCAUGGUAUAAAAAUAUUCCAUUAUACUGGAAGCUUGAACUUUUCAUCCAAAACACUAUUUCGCACUUUACUGUAUAAGAGAGUGGGUUUCGACCCCAUAAAGGUGCUUAGUAAACGUGCAAGACAAGGAGAAACGCAUAAUUACGACGAAUCGGCAGAUAUGCUGAUCAAAUGCGUUAUAAUCGAUUUUUCGGCCCUUUCCUACAUAGAUCCGGCUGGGGUUGAUCAACUGAGACAAAUAUGUAACGUUUACAAACAAUUGAACAUAGAAGUUUACUUUACGGGCUGCUCAGGGCCCGUGUACGAGGUUCUUAUGAAAUGUAACGUACAUGAAAACAGAACAAAUCAGUUUAUAAUAUUUCCUACAGUACACGAUGCUGUAUUGUUUGCACAGGCGAUGCUAUUUACUGUUAAAAAAGAGACAUAAGUUUUGUUUUUUUUUGUUUUUGAUACGUGUUUGAUACUUAAAUUUACAAAAAUUCUUUUAGAUACUUAAUAGCUUUACAGUUAGUGCAAAUUUUUUAUGUUUUCAUGACUUGUUUUGUAGUGAAAUGUCAUCAUGUGAGAUUAUAAAAAAUGCUCGAUUUUUUUAAUUGAUUUUUAUAGGCACACUUAGGGAUGAAAAUAAGAUUGAAGAAUGCGUACUUAUUUUUUGAGAUUAAAAAAAUGCUUAAACCUACGGGAUCGUCUAUAAUAACAGUAACAAUAAAUAAGUGCCUUAUAAUUGUUCAGGUAGCGAGUUUAGCCAGUGAUACAAUGAAAAGUAUUAUUAUUAUUGCCAACGCUUAAGCUUUAAGGAAAAAAAACGACAAAAAAUAAAUCUUUUACAAUAUU